UAUCUCCUUGUAGCCUCCCAUGUGCUGUUGCCAGCAGCUGAGGAAGUGAUACUGUGCAAGGGAGCUGAGCUCUAUACCAAGGAUCUGCAUGAGCCCUUCCAGGGCUCAGCCAGAUUUGGUCUCUCUUUCAGUUGUUCAGGCUUCUGGCUUGAAGCAUCCUUAUUCCCUGCUCCCGAGACAGCCCUUCUUAGUAACUCACCUGGUAUCCACCUGGGUCUGCCUGAGAACCCAGACUGCUGAUUUUGUGCACCAGUAAGCGGAAAUGACAGCAUGGGGCGAGUAUGCCCAGCUGUGUACCCCAGCAAUCUGUGCUGAUGGCUGUCUUGGUGCUUGAGCUCCAAACCAACACUGCAGUGACUGCUGAUGGAGGAGGCGUUGGCAGCCAUGGUCAUUGCUUUUUCCCCUCUUCAGCAACUGCACACACUGGAAAAGGACCUGGUAUCAGCCUGUGACCUCCUGGGCGUGGGGGCUGAGUAUGCCCGAGUGGUGGGAUCUGAAUAUACACGGGCACUAUUCCUGCUCAGCAAAGGGAUGUUGCUGCUGAUGGAACGCAAACUGCAAGAGGUACACCCACUCCUCACACUGUGCGGGCAAAUUGUGGAGAACUGGCAAGGCAACCCCAUCCAGAAGGAGUCGUUGCGUGUCUUCUUCCUGGUGCUGCAGGUGACCCACUACCUAGAUGCUGGGCAGGUGAAGAGUGUCAAGCCAUGCCUGAAGCAGCUGCAGCAGUGCAUCCAGACCAUCUCCACGCUACACGACGAUGAGAUCCUGCCCAGCAACCCUGCUGACCUCUUCCACUGGUUGCCCAAGGAGCACAUGUGUGUGCUCGUCUACCUGGUCACAGUGAUGCAUUCAAUGCAGGCUGGUUACCUGGAGAAGGCACAGAAGUACACAGACAAGGCACUCAUGCAGUUGGAAAAGCUCAAGAUGCUGGACUGCAGCCCCAUCCUGUCAUCCUUCCAAGUGAUCCUCCUGGAGCAUAUCAUCAUGUGCCGGCUCGUCACAGGCCACAAGGCCACUGCACUACAGGAGAUCUCCCAGGUCUGCCAGCUAUGCCAACAGUCCCCUCGGCUCUUCUCCAACCAUGCUGCCCAGUUGCACACACUGCUGGGCCUGUACUGUGUUUCCGUGAACUGCAUGGACAAUGCUGAAGCCCAAUUCACCACAGCCCUGCGGCUCACCAACCACCAGGAGCUGUGGGCCUUCAUUGUGACCAACCUUGCGAGUGUGUAUAUACGGGAAGGAAAUAGACACCAAGAGGUACUGUACAGUUUGCUUGAGAGGAUAAACCCAGACCACAGCUUCCCGGUCAGCUCACACUGCCUCCGAGCGGCAGCCUUCUAUGUGCGGGGGCUCUUCUCCUUCUUCCAGGGCCGCUACAAUGAAGCCAAGCGAUUUCUACGAGAAACUCUAAAGAUGUCAAAUGCAGAGGACCUGAACCGCCUCACAGCCUGUUCACUCGUGCUGCUGGGCCACAUCUUCUAUGUGCUAGGGAAUCACAGGGAGAGUAACAACAUGGUGGUGCCUGCCAUGCAGCUGGCCAGCAAGAUCCCAGACAUGUCUGUGCAACUGUGGUCCUCGGCCCUCCUGAGAGAUCUAAACAAGGCAUGCGGGAAUGCCAUGGAUGCCCAUGAGGCUGCACAGAUGCACCAGAACUUCUCACAGCAGCUGCUGCAGGACCACAUUGAGGCCUGCAGCCUCCCAGAGCACAACCUCAUUACGUGGACAGAUGGCCCACCCCCUGUGCAGUUCCAAGCUCAGAAUGGACCCAACACCAGCCUGGCCAGCCUUCUGUGAGGCCCCUAUGGCCUUUGUCCCCAACUUGGACCCAACACUGGAGCUUUCUGGGAACAAAACCACCAGGGUGUCCACCAACCCCUCACCAUUGUCCAGAGCUGAGUCCCAGUAGUGCUGGAGUCAUCACCUGCCGCUGAGGGUGACGGCCGGUCCCGCCUGUCCCAGGCCUCAGUGCGUCUGUUGGAGAGGACUGAUGACCUGAUCUGGGUCCGAGUCUCACCUGUGAGGAAUAGGAUGACAAUCUGUGCUGGGGCAUCAUCAGACUGCCCCACCAAACCUUGGUGCCGACUACCUAAGUACAACUGCACCGAGCAGCCCGGGGCGAGCUGAGGGGAGAGCAGUAGCCCUCACUUUCCUCAUCCUGCUGUUCUUCCAGUGUCCCUGCACUCAGGGACUUCUGAGGACCUGGAAGUCAGCCUCUCAACCUGACUGUUCCUGGAAGGUGGCUCUAGUGCCGGGGAGGAGCUUGGGACAGGGUGUGCGUGUGCAGUUGAUGCAACCGAGACCUUGUGUCCCCACCAUGCCCUCGGCAAGCUCCUUGCUUAUAUUCAGAGCCACCUCUUGGCUCUGCCUGGCCACUGGGCAGGAGUCCCACUGGACCUGGACGAAGGAGCUUCCUUCCGGCAGCUGUGUGGCCUUCCCAUGGAGGACAGUCAUGGGACCAGCUUCGCCCCUCCUCCUAGCUUGAGGGCUGCACCAAGGUGACACAGUGGUGUCAAGAGACAAUGGUUCCUGCCAGCUUACAGUACCUAGGCAGGGGUUCUCUCUGGUGGUGACGGUGGUGCCUGGGAGCUGUCACCCAGGUACCGUGAAGGCCACGUCUCAGAGCUUUGGAAUUCGUGACUGAAGGGACAAGGCUCCAAGGCCUCGGUGUACAUCCUCACUGAGCCAUGUGGCAGCCACUGCCCACGGCCAGGUGCUCCCUACCUUUCUGUCUUCCUCCAGCCCUUUGGGUCCCAGGGACCCCUCAGUGUCUAGUGUCUUCAUCACGGUCCUGCCUAUUUAUUUAAGCUUUUUUUUUUUUUUUUUGCUUCUAGGGCAUUUUGUACAUAGAGCAAUUCAAACAAGAACCUCGCAACUUGACAUCUGUCCUGAUGUUAGAGUGCUUUUAGUGACCAUGUCUCAGGCAUGUGACCGCUAAGGAUGGGGUCAUGACAAACUCCAUGAUCGAUGUUGAGGGUUCCACUGAAGUGAAACCUCCAUAACCCCAGUGCAGUCACCUCAGUGUCCAGUAACUAAAGAUUGAGAGAAAAGCCCAAAAGGGUCAGCACACACAGCUGUUAUGUCCCAGGAAGUACCAUGAGCCGGACACAAGCCACCCAGGAAACCAGGCUGGGGUGUAGCCCUAGAUAUGGCUGUCACCCCUUGAGCUACAGGUGACACUGUCGAAUGAAGGAAGGCAUGUCAUGAGUGAGGAGAAAGUUUUUUUAUAUGAUGGUGUUGCCUGGUUUUAGCAGCCUAUGCUUUUAAUCAAGAACUUGAUCAUUUUAGGUGGGGAGCUGUGAGAAGAAGUCUGCCUGUAUUUGCUGCAGGGCCGCCACUCCCCAAAGCCUUUGGGUUUUCUCAGCCUCCAGCUCUCCCUGCAGUCGCUGUCCUGUGGGCUGCAGCCCCUUUCUGAACUCAGCCUAGUGGAAAACUGGUCCACAGCCCUCUUUGUGUUUGGUCUCGGGUGGUUGGUUGGUUAGUUUCAUUGUUCGUGCUUGUUUUUGAGGGCUGUGCAGUGGAGCAGUGGCCGCCUGAAGAACUCAGUUCUCUUGUAUCAGCUUCCCAAGUGCUGGGAUUCAAGGCAGAUUCCACCGUGCCUGCCUCUUUUAGUUUGGCUUUGGGGUUUUGAUCAGAAGGGGCAGUGUUCAGAGCUUUUUUUUUUUUUUUUUUUUUUUUCUUUCUUUGAGACAGAAUCUCUUCUUUAUGAAUGACCCUGAACUCGGAUUCUCCUGCCUCCACUAACCUAGUCCUGGGAUGUUAGGCAUUUGCCCCCACAUCUGCUUUAUCUGGUGCUGUAGACCAGCAGUCUGACAACUGAGCCAUAGCUUUAUCCCUUAGUCCCCUGUCUUGAUACAGCAUUUGGGGUUUGGACCUUCUGUGAAGGGCAUUCCACCCUGCAGUUCCAGCACACAAGCCCCUGGACAGGCUUGCUCCUAUACACGGGUGUCCUUCUACUCCCCAAGUUCUUAGAAGGAAGAGAUCAAUUGGACAUGGUGGUUCAUAGCUGUCAUCCCAGCAUUUGGGAAGCUGAGGUGGGAGAACUAUUCCAAGUUCCAUGCCAGUCAGGGCAACGCAAUGAAAUAUGAAUAAACCAUAAAAGAAAACCUCGGUCAACUCCUAUGCCCCAGAGUGGGGAAGGCUUUUUGCUUUCCCAUGGGAUUGGUGGGUUUUGUUUGGUAGUUGAAUCUUGACUGUUGAGUUGAAAUCCAUAUAAAAUUAGACAGCUUUUGUUGA